AUGAACGCGGAAAUGCUCGACGCGCUCGGCGGCAUCGCGACCGGCUCGGGCGCGAGUGCGGCAGGAGGACGAGGCGCCUUCACCUCGGGUCAGCCAGCAGCGUUCGCCGCACAGGCACCACAGCGACAGCUCGACCUCGUCUUCAUUCUGGACUGCACGGGCUCCAUGGGCUCGUACAUCGCUAGCGCAACCAAGAACAUCGAGCUCAUCUGCGAGAACAUCGUCCACUCCGGCAGCUUGCCCAACGCCGACUGCCUGCGCAUCGGCCUCAUCGCGUACCGCGACUAUCCGCCUCAGGACAGCUCGUACAUCACCAAGUCGUUCCCGUUCACCUCGUCCGUCCCGACCAUGAAGGAGCAGCUCAAGUCGCUGUACGCGUCCGGCGGCGGCGACGGGCCUGAAGGCGUCACGGCCGGCAUCAAGGCGGCCAUGGAGCUCGACUGGCGGCCCGAGGCGUCCAAGAUGUGCGUCCUCAUCGCCGACGCGCCCUGCCACGGUAUCGGAGAGUACGGCGACGGGUUCCCGCAAGGAGGGCCCGAUGGCGAGGACCCGCUUCUUCUCGCGAGGCAGAUGGCCGCCGCCGGCAUUCCUCUCUUCGUCGUCGCCUGCGAGCCCGCGCUGUCUGGCUACCAGUUCGGCCUCGACUGGUUCCGCGCCCUCACUGUCAUCACGUCGGCCGUCCUCGUCCCGCUCACGACGGCGACGCUCCUGUCGCACGUCAUUGUCGGCUCGGCGCUCGAGCACCUCGAGAUGGAGCGCCUCAUCCACGAGGUCGGCCAGGCCGUCGCCGAGCGCAUCCACGCCGGGCUCCAGACGGUCGACGACGUCGCCAAGGAGCUGCACGAGCGGCUCCUCCUUCGAGGAGAGGAGACGAAGCAGCUCAAGUUCGAGUCGAUCCAUCGCGACACGGACGAGACGCGGCAUAACGUCGACACGUUCGUCAACGCGCCCGACCUGCAGUCGGCCAAGCCUCUCUUGCGCAAGGUGCGCGGUUCUCGGUUCACCGACAAGUACCUCGCGUCGCGGUACAACUCGUCCUUCAUGCGCGGUCCCUCGUCCGACAUCCUGUACCCGACCCUUCCUCCUCGGCCCGGCACGAUGGGCGCGUUGAGCGGCAGCCGAGGCGCGCCGGGCUCGCCGCCGCGCAAGAUCAUCUCGGAGUUCAAGCCGUUCGUCGGCGGCGCCGGAAUGAGCGUCGCCGACGCGCCGAUGGGCCUCGGCGGCGGCGGCGGGGCGGGAGAGGACCAGAACGCGGCCAAGGAGGAGGUCAAGGAGGAGCAGGACGAGGUGGACCGGCUCGCGCAGAGCGUCGAGCUCAGGUUCGCCGGCAUCAGUCUUGAGCAGGCCAAGCGUAUCACGAUCGCGAGCGCAUGGCGCACGGCUGCGCCACGCGCUUGAGCCGGUCGCGCUCCGCCAGCUUCGUCUCGCCGUCGCCCACCUCGUCCUCUCGCCCUCGUCACGAACCCCUCGCACCCCCAGCAUGUCUCCCUCUCGUCGUCUACGAUACCCUCGCCUGCAUCCCUGUCUAUCCGCACGCCUACCGCCUCGCCUUCGUCCGGUCGUCCUCCUCCCCUGCCCGCUUCUUGCCGUUCCUCUCUGUCUCUCUCGCUCCUUCUCUCUGUCUUUAGUCGACUCGACCUCGUACAAGUCGUGCUGCGGCAACGAGUCGAGCUGGUCAGUUGC